AUGGCGGACGUGUUCGACUACAACGAAGUGAAAACGAGAUACUUAGAACAAGUAAAACUGUAUUAUGCGAACAAAAAGUUACCUGUUGUAACACCGUAUACGCAGGAGGUUGUGAAUAGAAUUAAAAGUCUCAUAAAAGAGAGCCAGUUUUUAGCGUCAGUCGGAUGUCCCUCAGAGCAUGCGAAGUAUAAAGUUGCAGAGAAAUACGAAAUUAUUGAACGUAAUGUGUCAACGCCAACACCCAGCAUCGAAAAUGUGAAGAUUGUUGGCGGCGAUGAUAUUGACAUCAGCGAGGCCCCCUUUCAAGUGUCCAUGGUGUAUAGUGGCCGUCAUUCUUGCGGGGGCUCCAUCAUAGCUGAGGACAUGAUAUUGACCGCAGCGCAUUGCGUUAUUGGGAGCUCCCCAAAAGACUACCACAUACGCGUAGGCUCAUCAUCAAACAAAGAAGGUGGUUUGCUAGUUCCAGUAGCGGAUCUGAUAUACCACCCCAGCUUCUCUUUCAAUAAUAUGGACAGUGACAUUGCGCUACUGAGACUAGAGACUCCGCUGGAGUUCAGUGACACUGUCAAGGCUAUAGAGAUGAUGGGAGAUGGAGAAGAGGUGAACGAUGGAGCCAUUACUGAAGUUAGCGGGUGGGGAAAUACGAAUGAAGGAGGUAGUUCGCCGUCCACCCUCCAGAAGGUGCUGGUACCAGUCGUGAACGAGCAAGUCUGCCGCUCAGCGUACUCACCAUUGUAUGCAAUCACACCGAGAAUGCUAUGCGCUGGAGUACCUGCUGGUGGAAAGGAUGCUUGCCAGGGUGACAGCGGUGGUCCUCUAGUGCACGACGGGAAGCUGGCUGGAGUGGUCUCAUGGGGCAUCGGGUGCGCUAGGCCUACGUAUCCUGGAGUGUACGCCAAGGUAUCCGCUCUCAGGACUUGGGUGGACGACAAUAUCAUAUUUCUGAGGAUCAAGUCUUGGCUGCGAUAUUAAUAAAAGCACCGAGAAAAAAUCAUUAAGGAUCAUUAAAGAGGAGGAGGAUGUUGAAAGAGGAGGAAGGAUUAAAAUCAUAAUGUAGGAUUAACGGUAAUUAUAUAGUGUUCCUGAUUAAUAUGAAAUAAAACUAUGGAAACGGAUUAAAUCGCUUAUAAUGAAUUUAUAUAAUUCAUCCCGACUUUUCGAACACUUUACAGCGCUCGUGGUCAACCGGUGACGCUGGUGAACGCUGUAAAGUGUUCGAAACGUCGGGAUGAAUUACAAAUUCAUUAUAAGCGAUUUAAUCCGUUUCCAUAGUUUUAUUUCAUAAGUAAAUCGCGGUAACCGAAGACAAUAUCCUGAUUAAUAGUUAAAACCUCAAACUUUGCUGAAAAUUUUAAGGUAUUUUUUUUAAUGAAACUAGUAAUCUAUUCAUAUUGAAAGAGAUUAUUUGUAAUAUAAA